AUGGCUUCAACACAAGGAGUUUUCGGACAAGUUAUCCACUUUGUCUAUACCUGGCUUCCGAAGACAACUGGGAAUUAUAAAAGAAAGAGAAAAGAUUUCCGCCAGAGUAAAAAGCCUGAAAAUAUUUCUCAAAAAACCAGUUCUCCAAUGCUAACCUUUAUGAGAAGUUCGCAAGGCCUUCCAAGCACACCGAAUGCCUCAAAGGUUUUGAUUUUACGAGCUUUGCCGAACACAUGCAAGGGACAGGAGGAGCUCUCGGAAGAUUUAUCUUCUUGCAAUCUUCAGGUUGUUGGAUACAAGUUUUUAUCAAACGAAAAGAAAAUGAGUAAACGAUCAGCUCUAAAAAAAUGGCUGCGACGAAAGGCCAAUGAUGUUUUCCCGAGAAAUAUAUAUUGUGAUGGACAGUUUGGUAACGGUAGACAUGUUCUCUGUUCAAGAGAGCUCUUUGAACGUUCACUGAAGCUAGAUGGUAAGGCAUUAAUCAAUUUUUUUGAACCGCAAACGAAUCCUGCAUGUAGAGAAAUUUUUAGAUUGAGUGUCAAAAAUAAUCCGAGACUGCAUUGGUUUUGCCUUACUUUGCUCUGUGAUUGGUCCUGAAAACUCGCGCCACUCUAUCACUCAAUCAGAUGCGAAACUGAAAGCCCUCGCCACUUGAUCGCCCGCGUUUUCCUGCGCUUUGGGUAGUUUGGUUACUUUGAGUUCACAUUGGCUCUAAACUAUAUUUUCCUUUUUUCCUUUCUUUUGAUAGGCCGUGUGGAUUAGUUUCGUUUUGGUUUUACCACAAUCAAUCAAUCAAUCGAUCAGAUAUGUUCUAGGGAAGGAUGCGGUUGGGUUAGGUUAUAAAGCAAAUUAAAACCUCAAAUUUUGUUGGUAAACAUGCGAGUGUCAAGAACUGAUGAUAACCGAGGGGUGGGACAAGGAUUGAACAGACCAUCUUCCUUUAUCAAUGGAAGAUACAGAGGGUGGCUCCGCUGGGGUUUGGAACCCACCCUGACUCAUCGAUACAUAACGCGUUUUCAAAAUGGCGGCUUCCUAGGAGAAAUUUCUUAGAAACUUUUGAAAAUGUCAAGAUACUCUUUGGAAUCUCAAACCGCGCGAGCUGUCAUUAUUUGACAUGUGCUUUUUGAUGGCGUAGAUUAGAAACAAUUUGGCUUCUGGUGCUUAGUUCUCUUUUAAAUCAUUUUCUCAAUUAACUCCCCUCCAGAUUCCAAACUCCAGGACAUCCAUCCCGGUCUCAGAGGGACGAGGAAGCUACCUUCACGGAGGUCAUGGUCGCGAGAAACAAGGAACCAAACGAUUAACGAAGAACUUGCCGACGGAAUGAGAACAAGUGUUCUCGGCCUUAGCGAGUCAAUCUCUGUUAUACAAGUUAAGCCUUCUAGUGUGAAAUAA